GCCAGUGUGCCGCUGUGACGCCGGCUGACCGCGCGGACGCGCCGGGCUGAGAGCGGUGCGCGGGGCCGAACGCCGCCGAGCGAAUUAGUGCGUCGGGUCCUACAGGCCUUAUCUGAGCCGGUCCUCUGCGACAGGCGCUCUUGAGACCGCAGCGUGGCGCUGCCGCUGUGCCCGUGCCGGGUCUGACACCUCUGUCGGCUACAGCGAGCGUGCUGCCGCGGACGCCCGGCCUGACGCGGCCUGACUUUGACGGCGGCGUCGAACUCAGGCACGCACCAUGUGGUCACUAGGGAAACGUUUCCGCAAUACGUCUCCAGCCGAAACCGAGGAAGAGAGCGCUGAGGUCGACCCGGAGCUCAUCUUCACGCAAGAGAAGAAAAUCGGCAAGGGCGCGUUCGGGGAGGUGUUCAAGGGCAUCAACAAAAGGACCAACCGGGUGGUGGCCAUCAAGAUCAUGGACCUGGAGGACGCCGAGAACGAGAUCGAGGAUAUCCAGCAGGAGAUCACCAUUCUGUCCCAGUGUGACUCGCCCUACGUCACCAAGUACUUCCAUUCCUACAUCAAGGGUACGAGCUUGUGGAUCAUCAUGGAGUACCUGGGCGGCGGCUCGGCGCACGACCUGAUGAAGCCGGGCGUGUUCGAGGAGAUGUACAUCGCCAUCAUCCUGCGCGAGGUCCUGAAAGGCCUCGACUACCUCCACUCAGAACGGGUGCUGCACCGUGAUAUCAAAGCGGCCAACAUCCUGCUCUCGGAGCAGGGAGACGUCAAGCUGGCCGACUUUGGCGUGGCCGGCCAGCUCAGCUCGGACGCGCCGAAGCGUCAGACGUUCGUCGGCACGCCGUUCUGGAUGGCGCCCGAGGUUGUCCAACAGAGCGCCUACGACUCCAAGGCGGACAUCUGGUCCCUGGGCAUCACCGCUAUCGAGCUGGCCAAGGGUCAGCCGCCAUACUCGGACCUUCACCCGAUGAGGGUGCUCUUCCUCAUCCCCAAGAAUAACGCGCCGCGGCUGGAUGGUGACUUCAGUCGGCCAUUCAAGGACUUCGUCGAGACUUGUCUCAAUAAGGACCCCGACGAUCGCCCAACCGCCAAGGAACUGCUGCAUUUGCCGUUCGUCCGUAAGGCUCGGCAGACGGUGCGUCUGAUAGAGCUUGUGGACCACUACAAGAAGUGGCAGCUGACGCAGGAGGACUCGGACAGCGAUGGCGAGACGGACGCUGACUCGGUGGACGUUGACCUGGAGCUGGACGAGUCGGAGUGGAUUCACUCGGUGCGCGGACCGCCCAAGCGGCGUCAAGCCCGAAUCCACGAUGACGACUGUCCGCAGGCGCCGAAUGUGGACCUGCAGAACCACGGCAACAGUCAGGCGCCGCCGCCGCUAAUCGCACAGGUGGCGGACCUCAGGCAGCCUGGCACGCCACCAGGAGACUCUCAGAUUGGCGGCCUGGCGGAGCAGCUGGCGGCCGAGAGGAAGCGCAGACAGUCGCACAGCGCGGUCUGUCCACCUUCAGGCCUACAGCCAAGGCCAUUGGAGCCGCCGCCGCCAGUUCCUGCCAGCGUCGCUCCAACGCCCUCCACCGCGGACACAAGCACUCCCACACGGCACCUCAGCACAGAACCUGGCAGCCCAACGAGGGACUUGAACGGAUCGGCAGCAGUUUUUGCCAGCAGCUCCUCCAGCCUAGACGUCUGGCCCUUUGGCGGUAGCGGCAAUCAAACCCUCAGCCGCUCCAUCUACCCGCUGCUGGCUGAGCUGCAGCGGCGCCGUCGGAAGAGCCAGGCGCAGGGGGACGCUGCGCCGCCGUCCGAGUGCAUAGAGACCAUCGAGGAGCUGCGAGUCGCCUUCGAGACGGCCGAGCGCCAGGUGCCCGGCAUCGUCGACCAGCUGCUGUGCGGCGUGCUGCGACAGCUGCUGCCAACGGCUGGCGAGCCGCAGGUGCACGCCGCGCUGCGCAGGCUGUCCAGAUGAGCGUUCGGAAGGGUCGUGGCCGACGUGAGCGGCCCGGACCCGGGAAGACGUGCUCCCGGCUGCGGAAGAGGAAGACGACCGCCCUCCGCCGGGCAAUCCCCUGCUAUGGCACAUCUGGGGCGUGGGGGUGGGGUGGGAGCAGUGUUGGGAAGGGGCUCGGUAGUGAUACCUGACCGACACGCCCUCACCAGCCGGACUCAUGGUCAAACGCUCUUGUGACAACGGUGGCUUGCUGGAUACGUUCGUCCCACAGCGUGGACAUUUCCGGGCUGGAAACCCACGGGGUGCGCGGCGGGGGAUCGGGCCCAAGCGCAGCAUAUGUAGCUUGCGCCAUGCCGGCCGAGUCCGAGGUAGGGGUCCCGGGGCCGACCGACCGGUUUUCUUGGUGUCUGCUUGCAUGUGUAGUUUGUUCGCUGCGCCGCGAUUGCCCAGAUAACGCACGCUGCGCCGGCCCGGAUGGCACCAAUCGAAUGCUAGUCAGUGAGUGUUGUCGGGAUCUUGCCGUCGCGGUGACAGUCACGCCGGUGGAGGCGAGCCGAGGCAUGUGUUGUUGCACCGCGAAGGGCCUGUCAUCCGGGUAAAGCCUCUGCUCGUGCUGAUAUCAGCUGCGUUCGUAGUGACGGCUUCACGUAAUACAUCCUAACCUCAAACCAUGUCGUCAAUCCGACGCACCCUGGUCAGCUCUUGCACCGGACCUUCCACU